AUGGACGUCGUGUUCCUCUCGGUCCUGACCAUCAUCGGGAUCGGCGUCAUGUCGACCAUGGCGCUGAUUGGCGUCCGCGGCCGCUGGGUCGACGCCGUCUCGAACGGCUUCACGGGCGGCAUCCCGAGCGUCGGCAUCGUGGUCAUCACCCUUGGAUGGACUCUGGUCGGCAUGCUCCUCAUCAUCAUCGCCUUCGAGGUCAUCUACACGCUGCGGCAGUACGGCCGUUCGACCAACUUCUGGCAGCUGAGCUUCCUCGACCUGACGGACGACACACGACCUCUCGACGGCCCGCGCGUACGCCGCGCCCGUAUCGACAUUGAGGGAGAGGAGGCUUUGCCCAUGCGCGCUGCGAACGCGAGCGCUAUGUCGCCGUUCUCGCUCCCGCAUCCAGACGUCACCCCGUUCUCGAUGUCGCAUGGCGGCACCGCACCGUCGUCACCGUACAAGGCUGACGCGCUGCCCCCCUACGAGCCCCCAGCGGACUCGGGGAUGGCAUCGGUGCUCGUCCACUCGUCGCCGUCGACCAGCUCACCAUCAGCCGUAGUCCCGACGCUGGGACAUGCACAGUCGCGCCAGUCAUCGUCGGGAUACCCAUUCUCGGGAUACGCCGGGCAGCAGCAGGACAUGCCCGACUGGAAGCGCGCCGCACUCGACGCGCCAAUGCCAGAUUGGAAGCGCGACGCGCUGCAAGGCCCGAGUGGGGAUGGGCUGCCGCCCGGAGCUGCGCCGUCGCGUCCAUCGCAGUGA